AUGUGCUCUCUCAGUGCAGCAAAUACCAUUUGUCUGGACUUUUUCAAAGAGCUCAGCAAAAUAAAAAGAAAUGAAAAUAUCUUCUUCUCCCCAUUAAGUCUUUCAGCUGCCUUUGGGAUGGUCCUCCUUGGUGCCAGGGGCAACACAUUCAAACAGAUUGAGAAGGUAUUUCAUUUCAAUGAAGUUUUGAAUAGUACAAACCAAGGAAUCAAAUAUCUUUCUCAAAAGCGUGAAGAAGCUGGAGGUGUCCAUUCUCAGUUCCAGGCUGUGUUAGCAGCAAUCAGUGAACUCAACACAAAUUCUUCUCUCACGAUUGCCAAAAGGCGCUUUGGAGAAAUUACUUCUCAGUUCCUCCAGCAAUAUUUGGAUUCUGCAAAGAAAUUCUAUGGAGCAGAACUGGAGGCAAUUGAUUUUAAAUACACUAAAGAAGAAAUCAGAGAGAAGAUUAACUUCUGGAUGGAAAAUGAAACAAGAGGUAAAACCAAAGACUUGUGUACUACUGGAUGUGUCAGCCCCUCCACUGUACUUGAGCUGGUCAAUGCUAUAUACUUUAAAGGAAAGCAGGCAGUAGAAUUCAAGAAGACACUAAGGAAGGAAACAUAUUUCAGACUGAACAAGAAUGAGAGAAAGCCAGUGCAGAUGAUGUUUCAAGAAAGUUAUUUUAAAUUGGUUAUUAUAGAAGAACUGCAAAUUAAAGUGCUAGAACUUCUACACUUUAAUGAACUAAGCAUGUUCACUCUUCUUCCUGAAGCUGCCUGCGAGAACUUUACUGGCCUAGAACAGGUAAAAAGCACCCUCACAUGUGAAAAAACAGCAGAAUGGGCCGGCUCGACUAAGAUGCAACAACGAAGAGUGAAGGUCCUCCUGCCCCAGUUCAGGGUAGAGGAAGGUUACAUUCUCAACAAAACUCUCCAGAAGAGGGGCAUGAUUAAUGUUUUUGACUGGGGAACUGAUUUAUCAGGAAUCUCUAGAAAGGACAUUGUGGUUGUGUCCAAGCCCACUCACAAAUCAUUUGUGGAAGGUAAUGAAGAGGGUACUGAAGCAGCAGGUGCUACAGUGGUUGCUCCAAUGCCUCUAUGUCACCUGAUUUCUUAUGAGUUCAAAGCUGACCACCCAUUCCUCUUCUUCUUUAGACACAAUUCAAACAAAACUAUUCUCUUUUUAAAGAAUCUAAAUUAUACCAAUAUAGCUUACGGCCUACCAAACGUAUACACUGUGAAAAAGGACCGCAAAAGAAGACAAAUAUUAUCUGGAGAUAAUUCACGAAAAGACAACUCAAAUAUUUCCACAUAG